AGAAGAGGAAGAAUACAGGAACCAGACACACAGCCGUGUACGCUACAGCAGGUCAGUUUCAUAAUGUGAAUCCACGGAGGUUUGAUAAGAUGCUGAAAGCCUGCUGACAGCCUUCACUACAGCUCACUGCCACACAGCAGCACUUUAAGGAAGGAAUGCUGCCUUUAGUUGGAGCUGAGCUGACACCAGUGCAGCUCUAUCGACAUCUCCUCAGGUGCUGCAGGAAGUUACCAACCCCAGCAAUGCAGCAGCACUAUCGACAUGCCAUAAGACAGGGUUACAACAGUCACUCAGAUGAAGACGACCCAGAGAGGAUACAAAUGAUAAUCCAAAGGGCUGUUGCAGAUGCAGAGUGGAUUCUUAAUAAAUACAAGAAGAAGGAGUGAAGUUCAUAAACCAUGAAUAUGUCCUCCGAUGAUGCAUUUUGCAUUGCUGCACCAAACAUGGGUCCCAGUGUGUGUCUGAGCCAUGAGUGCUUAUUGUUUUCAGUAUUGCAACGAUGUGGGUGAACAGCCAUGAUGAAGCAACACCUGGGACUACACUUUUUGAAAUGACUACUUGGUUCAAUCUGAUGUUAACUGUCUAUAAAAAGUGUAAAUACUGUUCUUAGUUUGAAAUGAGUUGACUAUGUAUAGUUUAUUUUUCAAUAAAUUAAUUCCCUAUAA